AUGUUUUCGAAAACCGAGCGAGUUGCUACUGUAGCAGCAAGAAGGGCGGCUGCACGAAUGCGUGCAGCCGCGGAAAGUGCCUCUCACAACUCAGCAGCAGGUGAUUCGUUCCCUGUUGUCGUGAAUCGUCCACUUGAGUCACCACGUGCGACAGGUACAUCCGUUGCGUCCGGGGGUACCACGAGUCGUAACCAAGAUGAGUCUGAAAUAGAGCUCAUCUAUUCUGGAGAGUCGGAUGAUGUAUCCGACUCGAAGGCAACACUUCACGCCUCCUGGUCACCCGGGGCGGACAAUGCAAGAGCCAGGCUGACUGGCUCUGGUAAACGUGGCAAAUUCGUGACCGAGAUCUUCGGAUCGAGUGAUUACUCCGAUGAGUCUCCGCACCACGCAGGUCCAUCCAACGAUAGGAUGCGUGGGGAUGUCGAUGAUGCACCUAUUCAUUACCACGAGCGAAUUAACUUGAGGUAUCGAGGUAUCACUGGUGUCAGUGCUAACGCUGGCACCAAUCAAGAGGCCAGGGACCGAAAUGUCCUGCGCCACGCUCCUCAAGUGGAGUCUCCGUGGAUGCCGCCAUCCAGAGAGUAG